AUGCCGCAAGAACCAACUUUUCAGGGUAUGUACAACAUCGUGUACAUAGAUGAGAAGUGGUUCUAUCGGACGAGGAAAUGUCAGAAGUACUACUUGGCGCUAGAUGAGGACAAGCAGGAAAGAACCACAAAGAGUAAGAAUUUCAUAGAUAAGGUGAUGUUCCUCGCUGCAAUUGCGAGACCUAGAUAUGAUGGGGAUGGGAAUGUUACUUUUUCUGGAAAGAUAGGAAUUUUUCCUUUCACUUUUGUAGAGCCGGCGAAGAGAAGAAGUGUGAAUAGGCCUGCCGGUACAAUGGUGACCAAGGCAAUGACAUCGGUAACUAGGGAAACAAGCCGUGAGUACCUUGUGAACAAGGUAUUGCCCGCAAUCAAGCAGAAAUGGCCAGCGGAGGAAAUUGGUACACCUAUAUUCAUCCAGCAGGACAAUGCUAAGACGCACAUUGCAAUCGAUGAUUUGGAGUUUUCUCAUGUGGCAAUGGAAGAUGGUUUUGACAUAAGGUUGAUGUGCCAACCACCCAACUCUCCCGAUCUCAAUGUCCUAGAUCUUGGUUUUUUUGCGGCCAUUCAAUCCAUAUUUCAAAAGUUAUCUCCAAGUAGUGUUGAAGACAUUGUCGCCAAGGUAAUCCAAGCUUUUGACGAGUAUCCAAUUGAUAGGAGUAAUCGUAUUUUUCUCACUCACCAAUCAUGCAUGAGAGAGAUUUUGCGUCAAAAAGGAGGGCAACACUAUGCAAUCCCACAUUUGAAGAAGCAAUCACUUGAGAGGAAUGGUGUUCUUCCUGUUGGGUUGCAAUGUGACCCAGAAAUUGUAAACGAAGCAAUUGAGUACAUCAAUUAG